CUUUCACUACUUUCCUAUUCUUACUAUUUUUGGUCAAUUCUAUUCUUCUUACUCAAUUACUCCUCAAAGUAGGUAAAGUCCGAACGCCACCAUCGCUUGAGGGCUGUCUGUGUGGGGCCACCCAUGGUCUUUUAGAAGACUGCGAGGCGAGGCGAAGCGAAGCGAAAACGCAGGCGAGGUGGGAGAGGAAUCAAGUUUGGCAAUCAGGGAAUCAGCUUCAGUGAGUAAGACAGGAAGAUGCUGUAUAUAAUCGGUCUGGGUUUAGGUGAUGAGAGAGAUAUCACACUUAGAGGCCUUGAAGCAGUAAAGAAAUGUGAUAAGGUGUUCAUGGAGGCCUAUACUUCUCUUCUCUCUUUUGGUCUCUCUUCAAAUGGUCUCUCUACACUGGAAGAAUUAUAUGGGAGGCAAAUUAUUCUUGCAGAUAGAGAAAUGGUCGAGGAACGGGCAGAUUAUAUAUUGUUAGAAGCUCGAGAAUCUAAUGUGGCCUUUCUGAUUGUUGGGGAUCCUUUUGGAGCCACUACACAUACCGAUUUGGUUAUGCGGGCAAAGAAAUUGGGAGUAGUAGUCAAGGUGAUACACAAUGCAUCUGUAAUGAAUGCAGUUGGAGUUUGUGGUUUGCAGCUCUACCGCUAUGGUGAAACAGUAUCCAUACCAUUCUUUACUGAAACUUGGAGGCCAGAUAGUUUCUAUGAGAAGAUCCAGAGAAACCGUGAGCUUGGUUUGCAUACUCUCUGCUUGUUAGAUAUUCGUGUAAAGGAACCAUCACUGGAAUCUUUGUGCAGAGGUAGGAAGCAAUAUGAACCACCAAGGUAUAUGACAAUUAACAUCGCCAUUGAACAGCUCUUGGAAGUUGAACAAAAGUAUGGAGAAUCUGCAUACAAUGAAGAUACAACUUGUGUUGGUUUUUCCCGUCUUGGAAGUGAAGAUCAGAUCAUAGUUUCAGGUUCGAUGAAAGAGUUGCUCACAGUUGAUUUUGGAGCACCUUUGCAUUGCCUUGUCAUAGUAGGCAAGACCCACCCUGUGGAAGAUGAAAUGUUGGAUUUUUACACUCUUAAAAGAGAGGAGCAAGAGCUGAGAGAGAAAGAAUGCUUGACUUGUCUUAAAUAGGUUGAAUAGAAGGAAAAUUUCUCUCUCAACUGACAGGCAACAAGUUGGACACAGCCAAGACAAAGAAAAACACCUCCAUAAGUCAACCAGAGCAAGUUGAAGCACAUCUAAGGUUUUUCGGCCUUUGACUGGAAAUUACGAGUCACUAUCACACCUCUAGCUCCAUGGAAGGUGCAUUUCUUGCUUUAAAGUUUGAAGUUUUAAAUUGGCCUUAUUCCUCGCACAACUUUGCAUGGACGAUGUUUGUUUAUAUCAGCCAUUGUAAUUUGUAACAUGGUUAGUAAUUGAUUUAUUUAUGCUAUGAAGUUGCACAAGUACUUGGGCUUA